UAAUUUCUCCUGUUUAUGUUUUUCUGUCUUUUAGGCUUGGAUUAUGCUGAUCCGAAAAGGAAAGGCAAUUUUCUUGGAAAAGUUUUUCUUGCUGCUGGAUUAACAGCAUUAUGCAUUAUCAUGAUCAAGCAAUCUCCAUCUUUGAGUUCCACUAGUCCGUUUGCCAUUCGCGAACCUGGGGUAACUCAUGUUUUAGUAACAGGCGAUGCAGGCUACAUUGGUUCACAUGCUACGCUUCGGCUUCUGAAGGAAAAUUAUCGUGUCACUAUAGUAGACAAUCUGUCACGAGGAAAUAUGGGUGCCGUCAGAGUUCUUCAAAAUUUAUUUCCAGAACCAGGAAGGCUUCAAUUUAUAUAUGCUAACUUGGGAGAUCAGACAUCUGUAUCCUUACCCACUUUCCUCAUCACUAGAAAUAUUUUGUUGAUCCGGAAUUGUUUAUCUCAGCUGUAUGCCAAAGAUAUCACUCCUGAUGAUAAGCAAGAGCUUGAUGAGGCUUUGCAGCAGGAGGACAAGUACAUUUCAGCAAUGCAAACUAGAAAGUAA